AAUACAAUGACGGGUGUUUGCUUUAUUUUCUCGUCUGUUUUACUCCUCAUAUCUGUAUGUAUUAUGCAGCAUAGCGAUCGCUGUUAGCUUCGGCAUCGCCAUAUAACCAAUAGUAGCUGACAAUGCACGUAUUAAUGCGAAUAGUACACGUUGUGGGUGUCGUUUCAGCCAGUGUCACAUUUUUCAUCGCUUAUUAUGCUUUAGUUGAAUUGCCUGCUAAAGAACCGCGAUAUGGUCCACCGGAUGAACUACUCAUGGAGCAAUUGGAGCCGAUAUCAAACGAAGUUAACAUAGCAGAUACCAUGUUUAAAAAGAUACAAACCACGAAGCAGUCGGAAGAUUUUCCCAAUCAAGAUGUCACCCACACUUUACCACCAUACGAUGUAGCCAUUACAAAUAAACAAAUCGUACACAACCCUGGAUAUGUUACUAAGACAACAGUUAAAACGUUGUCACAGAAACAAUAUUUAUUUCCGGUACAAAUGUGGGAAGGAGGACCGAAUUGGAAUUAUAAGAAUUACCGUAUUGCCAUGUUAAUUGCAUUGUAUGGUAAACGUUCUGUGGUUACAAUACCGUUUCAUAUCCACCACACACAACCAGAUGGCUGGCUUACACAUGGCUGGAGACAGUUUAACUUCACCUAUGAUGAAAAUAAGUUAAAACAAAUCAUUACGCUUGUUACUCCAGAAGACUUCAAACGUGAAUGUGAUGGGAAAAUUGAUUUUAUUUUACACAAUCCUUUUGCUACAAAACGAGACAUAAACGAAUUCGUCGCCGAUUAUAAAAGAACAAAGGCGAGUUUCAGUGAAUUGUGGGAUAUUCAACUUCCGGGAGAAGAAACCAUACCACGUGAUAUUGCUGAGGUGAAUCGGAGUUUCAAGGCGUUUGAAGGAGCUAGGUGCGCAGGAGUGUAUCGAGCAAUGGAUUUCUUAGAUAUACUUCAAAUUCCAGAUAAAAGUGAUAUUUUAACUUUGAUAGACACCUACACAGACAGAGUGCCAUAUAUUCAACAGUUAGCUGGCCACGUGAUGCCACACAUUUGUGACAGAAAAGCUUUUAUGGUUUUACAGUGGAGGAACAAAACUGGGGAAAU